UACUGAUAAUGGAUGUGACGUGUCUGCGGAGGAGAUUGUCUAUCGUCUCGGUUUUUCCUCUUGAUAUUAUACUGAGAUACUUUUUUGUGAAGUUGACGCUGUCUGUGAUUAUUGAAAACGAACCGAAUCGAAAUAAUUAGUUCACCGUUUUAUCGCAAAAUCGUUUGCCGCCACCCAGACACCGAUGGCGUUCAAACGGGAUAAGAAAGAAGAAGAAGAUGGAGGCAAUCCGUAUCAGAAUCUUGAAAAAACCAGUGUUCUUCAAGAAGCGAGGACGUUUAAUGACACUCCAGUUAAUCCAAAAAAGUGCACAUACAUCCUUACCAAAAUUCUAUACAUGAUUAACCAAGGUGAACAACUUGGAACCGCUGAAGCUACUGAUACAUUCUUUGCCAUGACCAAACUGUUUCAAUCACGAGAUAUUAUACUUAGGAGAAUGGUUUAUCUGGGAAUUAAGGAAUUAAGUGGAAUUGCUGAAGAUGUAAUUAUUGUUACUUCAAGCUUAACCAAAGAUAUGACUGGAAAAGAAGAUACUUAUAGAGCAGCGGCUAUUCGAGCACUAUGUAGUAUAACAGAUGUAUCUAUGUUGCAAACGAUAGAACGUUAUAUGAAACAAGCUAUUGUUGAUAAAAAUCCUGGCAUCAGUAGUGCUGCUUUAGUGAGUUGUUUACAUUUGUGUAAGAGUGCAUCAGCAACUGAUAUAGUUAAACGAUCACUUAAUGAAAUUCAAGAAGCAUUAAAUUCAGACAAUGUAAUGGUGCAAUAUCAUGCAUUAGGACUGUUGUUUCAUAUAAGAAAAACAGAUCGCUUAGCUGUUACAAAGUUAGUGGCUAAACUUACAAAAAUAAAUAUGAAGUCACCUUUUGCUGUCUGUAUGUUGAUUAGAAUGGCAUGUAAACUUUUGGAAGAAGAAACUAUUCCACGAUCUGAAUCUCCAUUGUUUGAGUUUGUGGAAUCUUGUAUUCGUCAUAAAUCAGAAACUGUUGUGUACGAAGCUGCUCAUGCAAUUGUCCAUUUAAGUGGAACUGGAGCUAGGCAUUUAGCUCCUGCAGUAUCUGUAUUACAAUUGUUCUGUUCAUCAUCCAAACCUACCUUACGUUUUGCUGCAGUUCGAACACUAAAUAAAGUAGCAAUAGAACAUCCAAGUACUGUAACUGCUUGUAACUUAGAUCUUGAAAACUUAAUUAGUGAUUCAAAUCGUUCAGUAGCUACUUUGGCUAUAACAACAUUAUUGAAAACUGGUGCUGAAGGAUCAGUUGACCGUUUAAUGAAACAAAUUGCAACAUUUGUCAAUGAAAUAUCAGAUGAAUUCAAAAUUGUUGUAGUUCAGGCGAUUACAACAUUGUGUUCAAAAUUCCCCCGUAAGCACACUAUUUUAAUGAACUUUUUGUCCGGUAUGCUGAGAGAUGAAGGUGGACUUGAAUACAAAGCUUCGAUAGCUGAUACACUUAUAUCUAUAAUAGAAGAAAAUCCUGAAGCUAAAGAGAUUGGAUUAGCUCAUCUUUGUGAGUUUAUUGAAGAUUGUGAGCAUACUAGUUUAACUGUACGCAUUUUACAUUUAUUGGGCAAAGAAGGUCCUCGUACAAAACAACCAUCAAGGUAUAUUAGGUUCAUUUACAAUAGAGUAAUAUUAGAAGGUGCUGUUGUAAGAGCUGCGGCUGUUGGUGCCAUGGCUAAAUAUGCUGCUAACUGUUCAAUGCUUCAUGAUAGUAUUGCAGUACUUUUGAAGAGAUGUUGUUUAGAUGUCGAUGAUGAAGUCAGAGAUAGAGCAACAUUUUACAGCCAACUAUUAAGUUGCAAUAAUCCUCAGUUAAUUACUGAUUAUUUAUCAGAACCUAUGCAUGUUUCAUUACCAGUUUUGGAAAAAACGUGUCAAGAUUAUAUUUUAAAUCCCACUAAAGAACAUAUUAAUCUAAAUGAAUUGCCAGUCGAUACAAUUGUUAAAAAUGUUGGAGUUUCCAAAGAACCUACUAAAAAACAUACUGUUGAUAAUAUUAUCAAACCAGUUGAACCAACUGCUGAAAAUGUGGAUGGUCAAAAAUUACCAAGUUUAAUUGGGUUAGAUGCUGGUAAACUAUUCUGUUCAUCUGAACCUUCCAUGUUAACUGAACCUGAAACAGAAUAUGUUGUACGUUGUAUUAAACAUGUAUUCAAUCAACAUUUGAUUCUACAAUUUGAAAUAACAAAUACAUUAGAUGACCAAAUUCUAGAAGAUAUUUCUGUUGUACUUGAUAUAAGCGAAGGAUUCCAAUAUAUAGAUGAGUUUAAAAGUCCUUCAAUAAAAUAUCAAGAAACAGGAAAUGUUUAUGUUUUUUUAAAAUUUCCAGAUGAUUCAGUUGAUACUAUAGCAAGUUUCACUGCUAAAAUGAAAUUUAUUGUUAAAGACUGUGAUCCUAUAACUGGUGAAGUACAAGAUGAUGGAUAUCAAGAAGAUUAUAGGCUAGAAGAUGUAGAAAUUACUUUAAAAGAUCAAAUGUUAAAAGUCAAAGUAGGAAAUUGGGAGACUUUGUGGGAGGAGGCAAAAAGUGUUUGUUAUGAAGUGCAAGAAACAUUUGCAUUACCUUUAACAGAAGAAGGUUUAUCAGAUACUGUCAGUCGAAUUAUAUCAUUCCUUGGAAUGGCUGCUGCCAAUAAUUCUGAUAAUGUAAACCCAUCUAAUAAAUCAUCGCACAUCGUGAAUUUAGCAGGUAUGAUGCGAGGAAACUGUAAGGUUUUAGCUCAAGCAAAACUAGCUUUAUCAGAAAAUAGUGUUACUAUUCAACUAACAGUACGUUCAACGGAUGAAAGAAUAGCUGAACUUGUUGUGUCUACUUUUGAUUAAAUUUUUAUGAAUAAUAUUAUUUGGAAGCUGAAUAACAUUUCCAUUUUAUGA